AUGUCCUCCACUCCAACCUCACAAGUUUCAUCGCCGCAUGACCACCACCACCAACAACAACAACAACAACAACAACCAACAACGGAACAAUCAUCACCACCACCUGAACAAGACAUGAAUUCUCUUGAUGAAGCCUGUAAUGACCAUUCAAAGAAGAAGAAGACAUUGUCACAUUCCACACAACCAUGUUGUGAUUGUGUUCACAAUAAGAAUGCUCAUGAAGUGAGUGGUUGUAUAACAACAACAAAUUCUUCUUCUUCACUCCGAGUGUUCACCUUGCAAGAGACAAGUCAAAUGUCAAGAGAAGAAAAGAAAAUAAUUUUUGAAAAUUGUGUGAGGAAUAUGUUAACAUUACUAGGUGAGGAUAUUGAAAGAGAAGGUUUACAAAAAACACCAUCUAGAGUUUUUCACAGUUUUGAGAGUUUAUGUAGUGGUUAUCAAAUUGAGGAUGUUAAAAAAGUGAUUGGUCAUGCCAUGUUUAGUUCACAAAAUUCACAAAUGGUUCUCAUUAAGGAUAUUGAAAUUUAUAGUUUAUGUGAACACCAUUUACUUCCCUUCUUUGGAAAAUGUCAUGUUGCUUACAUUCCAAAUGGCAAAGUGGUUGGACUUUCUAAAAUUUAUCAACUUGUUGAUGUUUUUGCAAAGAGAUUACAAAUUCAAGAGGAACUCACGGAUCAAAUUGCCAAAGCUUUAGAAAGUGCUGUUGGUGCAUUGGGUGUUGCAGUCAUGAUCGAUGCUCGUCACAUGUGUGUUGAAAUGAGAGGUGUGAACAAGUACAAUAGCAGUACAGUCACAACUAGUUUUCGAGGAAUCUUUCAACAACAAAUUGAAACGAAAAAUGAAUUCUUUAAAAUGCUUGGAAAAUAG